AUGGAAGACCCCGACCGCGAUUGGAAGCCGAAUGGCCGGCCGCAGUCCACCAUAGCUCAAAACUUCAUGGCCGAAUUGGACAACCUCUUCAAGAUGGAUGGAGACCUCGAUUCGCUCGACAGAAAUGUACACAAAAAGAAGCGAGAGGUCUCAAUGCACACACAGCAGCUCGAGGCCCUGCAGGCUCGACUGCGAGAGACAGAGGAGCGCCUGAAGCUCGCUCAGGAGUCACCUCCGACGCGCAAGGAUAGUCAGCGACGAAGCCCCGUCCAAGGCGCCUUCUCCGACGUCUCCCACGAACCGAUGCAACAAUCCUCCAACUCCAGCAGCCCCACGACCGCGCGCCGAGCACAGCACAAUAAUGCCGAAGAAGCAGACUGUCCCACAGGUGCGUUGUCAGAGUCUCUUACAUCUGACAAGAGCACUGAAUAUGUCAUGGUAGAUCGGCCGCGGACACCACAGAAAGAGGAAGACGAGAGGGCGUAG